GUGUGAGUGUGUGUGAGAAUGUGAGUGUGUGAAACAUCUCCACACUGAGAGAGGCACUAAAAUAUAUCAUCAGUCAUCUGUGUGCGGUUCAAAGGUUGCAGCCAUUUCUUCUGGACUCUCAGGCCGCACAGAGGCAGGUGUAGGUCAGCUGGAUAAAUGCAGGGACUCAACUUUGACAUAUAAGGAGGCUGCACACACACGUCAGAUCCUGAUUUUUUCUUGAUGUCUUUCAACAGAUAAAAUGGAAGUGCUCACACUGCUGCUCAUCUUCCUCACAGUUUCUGGACAUUCGUACGUAUUGCAACCCAGUCUGACAGUCACCCAGAUGGCUGGGCUGGACCGAGACCAUGAGUCUGACAUGAGGAGUGAACAGCUGCAUGAUCCUUCUAUAUCAGUGAAGGAGAAAGAAAAUGCUGCCGAGUCCACUGAGAGAAUGAAAACAGACGAGGAGGAGCAGACAAGUGAAGGACUGACUCCAGAGACAAACCCAGAGAAGGAGGAGAGGAUGGCUCCUGAGACAUUUCUUAAGAGUUUAGGGGAGGUAACAGAAAGAGGGGAAUUCUCUGCAGCUGUGACAGAUUUAGAUACAAAUAAAGAAGUGGAGAGGAUAGAAGAUGGACUCAAUGUGGUCAGCAGAUCAGAGUCAGUAAAAGCAAUCCCGACAGGUAACACAGAAACACUGGAGAAAGUUGAUCAAAUUGACAAAUUGAAGCAAGAGAAAGUGGAGGAGGAAAGAGAGGGCAAGCUGGUGGCAGGGAUUCAUCUUCAAGAGGAGAUUAGAGGGGAAAGUAUGCAAACUGUAAAUCAUGAAAAUGUGGCAGACAAAGGAGGAAAUGGAGAAAAGGAAGGUCACAUGGUAAUUAGCAAUCUCGCACCUCCUGUAAGCACAUCCUCUACUCAGCUGGGGGAAGAAUCGGUGAUUCCUGCCACAAUUCAAAUUAUCACUCAGUCUCAAAAUCCCCCUGGUUCUCCUCCUCCUGUUCAUCAGCAUAAUGUCCCUCCAUCACCCACACAAGUCCCUCCAGUCUCCUCUCACCCUCCCGUCCCUUAUGACAAAGUUAGUCCUCCCAAUCCCACAACAAUCAGUCACAUGCCAACAGUGCUUCCUGGUGAGUCGAGGUCUGUAUUUCUGCUUGAAGACCUCCUCACUGAGGUGUUGCAGAAUCCUCUUCUCAAGCAGAAUCAAUUGGACGUGAAGGCUAGCCCAAAUUUAGAGGAUGUAAUGGCCAAAAAUAUAUUGUUCAAACCUGCACGGAAGGAGCAGCAAACCAUCAUAGUUCAGCCGAAAGAGGCUGAAUUUAUCCCCGAGGUGCCAGCAGCAACGCCAAAACCCAAAGCAGCAAAGUUUAUAACCAAAGAUUUAAAAGAGCCAAAUCCUCGAGCCAAAUCCACGGUCAAGCCUAAACCGAACAUGUCUCAGCCCGCAGCCAAACCCAAAACUCUUAAACUGAUGGAAAAUGACACCAAACUUACUGUGAAGCAGAAUAAAUCACCUCCUCCUCAACCUCAACUGACCAAACCUUCGGCCAGACCGCGACUCGCAGCUGCCAAAACACCUUCAACGAGGCCAACGAAAAUCAACAGAAGUAGUAAAAAUAAAACAAUUAAGAAGUCAAAGGAAAAGAAGAGGAAGAAGGACAAUAAAACCCAAAAGCCAUCAGAGAGGAAGAAGAAGGUCAUCGCACCAACGCACUUUCCUUACUUUAAGGAUAACUACUGUCCUCCUGAGUGUGCCUGCUACGGAAGAGUGGUCCAGUGCUCAGACAAAGGUGUGGACAAGGUUCCUUAUGGUAUUCCCUAUAACGCUCGCUACAUCCUCCUCAUGAAUAACCACAUCGACAUGAUCCAGCUGGACCUGCUCAAUGAAUACGUCGCCAUGGAGUUCCUGGUGUUGAGCAACAACCAGCUCACAGAUGGCGCCAUAGAGGGGGCCUUUGAGGGGAUCCCAGCUCUGAAGCGCCUCUACUUGGACAGGAACCUCCUCAACAGUGUGCCAACCGAUCUUCCAGUUUCUCUCGAGGAGCUCCGUUUGGACAGUAACCAACUGAGUGUGAUGUCUGAGGCAGCCUGGGCCCGCUGCCCCGGCCUCUUGGUUCUGAGCCUCAGUAACAACAGCCUGGGGAACGGAUCUGAAUCUCUGCCCGAUGGUGUGCUUGCUCCACUGGGCAACCUGCGCACUCUGAACCUGGAUCACAAUCAGUUAACAUCGGUUCCUCUGGGCUUACCACUGUCCAUCAAGGAGCUCUACAUCAGAGGGAACAUCAUUGAGCAGUUCCGUAGCGGAGCCUUCGAUGGGAUAUCAGACCUGGUGUUGUUGGAUCUGAGUGCAAACAGAUUGACAAACAAGGGGCUUCUCAGGGACUCCCUCCUCAACACAACCCACUUGGAAAGCCUCAACUUAGCAGGGAACAGACUAAAACAAGUGCCAAGACACCUUCCCCGCUCACUUAAAACUCUAAACCUGGAAGGCAACCUUAUAUCUUCCAUAAAGAAAGCAACUUUCGGCGCCUUGAAAAACCUGGAACACCUGGGAUUAGCAAGGAAUAAAAUUUUCAAAGUGGCACCAGGAGCAUUCAGAACACUGCCCGCGCUGCACCAGUUGGACCUGUGCCACAACACCUUGCGCCAAGUGCCCAGACAGCUGCCGGAGGCUCUGCACUCGGUAGCGCUCACACACAACAAGAUUGAGUCAGUGCCUCGUGAUGCUUUCUGCUGGGGUAAUAACAGUCUCAGCGGACUUGUACGAGUGCAGCUGGAGCACAAUUUAAUGGAUAUGGGGAGGUUGGACGCACAGGCUUUCAGGUGUUUACGGGGAUUCCAGGUGGUACACUUCUACUGAAGCUUCAGGAGAUAGAAACAGUCAUGCUGCUCGGACUAUUUAUGCACAAAAUAUAUGGAUUUUUAACAGUAUUUACUCCAUUAUUUUCUGGGGACUGCCCAUUGUUCCAAAGCCCUGUCAGUUUAAAAAAUGUCCCAAAAACACCCUUUGCUCCUGCUUCUGGGUCAUUCUUCAACUAUGGUCCAUGUUGGUCUGGAAACGUUGAGAAAAGCUAACUCAUGUUUUGAGAAAUGUAUUGAUACAAGUUUAUCAGUCAAAUAACACAUUGUUAUUUCUAUUACCAUUUGUCUUUUUUUCAUUAUAGGUAACAAAGUGAUGGAAAUGACUGUUUGUUUUCGUGUUAGCAUUAAAUAUAUACACCUUAUUGUUUGUACAUUUAAAGAAAAUAUGAGCUGUUUGGAAAUGAAAGCCAAUAAAUAUUGUUUU